UGGAUACGUCAAGCCCAUAGAAAUUAAACCGACAAAAACAACAUCUGUCAAAAGUCAAACUGGAAAUUAUUUUUCGGUCAAAUUGAUGAAUUAUAAGCUCGAAUAUAUAUACAUAUUAUACAGCCGAUAUAUUUGUUAAUAAAUGAGAAGUAAUAAUUGCUAAUUAUAACAAUGACUGCGGCUAAUAAUGAAUAUCCAAAGGCUUCAAAUGCCACCCUGAUAGGAGCGACCAUUACAUAUGUUGCGGGACUGUUUCUGUUGUUGUCCUUUGCUGGACCAUAUUGGAUAGAAUCAUAUUCGGGGAUGUUCUCUUCGUUUAAACACAUGGGCUUAUGGGAAUACUGUUUUGAUCGCUUCAGAUUUCCUUCCUAUCAGUAUGAUAAGUAUUUUGAUGGCUGUCACUAUAUUUUUGGACAAGAAUUAUAUGUCAUCCGGGAAUGGUUGCUGCCGGCAUGGUUAAUGGCAGUUCAGACAUUUGUGACACUGGCUUUGAUGCUGUCUUUCAUGGCACAGAUACUACUGGCAUGUGUGGUUGUUCGCAUGCCACUUAGAACAGUGCUGAGAUAUGAAUGGAUAUUUGUAUCCAUUUCAUUUGUAAUGGUUGCCAUAUCUAGUGUGUUUCUAUUCCUCGCUGUUGCAAUAUUUGGAGGCAACUGCUACCGUCGUGAUUGGUUGCUGUAUCCUUCAUUCAAUGUUCUGUCUUGGUCUUAUGCAUUUGCUGUCAUUGCUUUCAUAUUGUUUGGAUUGGCAGCAGUUCUUUUAUUUUUGGAAUCACGUAAAUUGUACGAGCUGCGAUUGGAAGCUAAAAAUCUAGUAGCUCAAAUGCAACACAGCCAGCCUGAACAUGCUUUGCAUCAGUUGCGUGAUCAGCUACAUCAACAACAACAACUUGGGUACUUUAGGAACUAACCAUUAUAAUAUAUUCUACUAUAAACAGGUUUUAUUAAAAUAAAUAGUUAUGAAACUAUUGCCAUGUAAACUCAACAAAAAUAUUCACAUAGUUUGGUUGUGGAAAUAGUUAACACAAUGAUUUACAUUAUUUUUGACCUUAUGGUGCAUUUUUUCUGAUAUAUAUAGUAAAUUGUGUUGGCAAUUUUUUGUGUUUGUGUAACAAAAUAUUUGCCAGUUUUCUUUUUAUAUAAAAUCAGCCUUAGAUAAUCUUGCAUUAGUUAUGAAUUAGGAGUCUUUAAAAUAUUAAUCAUACUAUCUGAAGACAAAACUGACUUAAACUUGUAUUUGUAGUAUUAAGAUUUAUAUACUUUAGUAAUAUUGGUAAAAUUAGGACUUGCUAUUGUAAUGUUUAAUUUUGAGUUUAAGUUUGUAUAUCACAUCAAUGCUGAGACGGCUCAAAAGAUAUAUUUUGAAGGUAUAUUUUAUAGUUAAAAAUAAGAUAUUGAAUAUGAAGUGACAGCUUAAUCAAAAAAGGAGUAAAAUUAUUAAUUUGUAUUUGAAUAAUGUUCUUGAGAUUGCAGUGAAAUGAUAAGUUGGUAACAAUGAAGACACAACUUUCAGAAUUUUAAUAAAAGAUUUAUUAUAGUCAGAAGACAACAUAUAUAUAUAAUUUCAAUUAAACUUUUCAGAAAUGAUGUCACAACAUAAUUUUAAUGACUAAAACAAUCAAAAUAUAUCAUGCUAUAGAGAAAUUGGAUUUUAGUUCAUAAUAAUGAAUAAAUAUUAUAUUAAUUAUCAUAACAUCUGGUCCAGGUUUAUAAAGACACUUAUUUCCAUGAAUCUCAUUUUGCAAUGAAAUCCGUCCAUAAUGUAAAAAGUAUUCGAUUGACAUUGUAUGUAUAAGGUUAGACUCAUAUUACAUAUCAAUAAGGAGCCAAGAGGGCCUAAUGAUAGAC